UUAGAGGUCGUAUUGGAACGGCAUUAAAACGGUGGAACGGCGGUCGCUAGCAAAUCAAACGCAUCGACGUUACAACAUACGGCCGCUCCCAGUAUCGCUACACCAACAACAUCACCAAAUGGACGAAACCCUAGUUACAUCAUCCGAACCACCACCAUCUGACGGGGAUCCAAUGGAUGUUGUAACCGAACCUCAUAACCCUAAUGAUAACCAGUCUGCCUCAAGUUCCGAUUCCGACUCGGAGUCGGACGACGAAGCUCAAGCUGCUCUCGAAUUACAAACCCUAGAAACGGAGCUCUCGACAAACCCAGCCAACUACGAUGCUCAUGUUCAAUAUAUAAAGGCUUUGAGGAAACAAGGCGAUAUUGAUAAGCUGCGGCUAGCAAGGGAGGCCAUGAGUGAGUUGUUCCCGCUAACUCCUGCAAUGUGGCAGCAAUGGGCAAAUGACGAAAUUUCACUCACCUUGACUUCUGGGAAUGAGGGGGCAAUUCCAACUGUUGAGAAGCUAUAUGAGCGUGGAGUAUCUGAUUACUUGUCCGUUUCUCUGUGGUAUGACUACCUGAGUUUCAUUCAAAAAUAUGAUUCUUCUGUCCGUGAAUGUUCACCCAGUGGAAUCUCAAAGGCAAGGGAUCUAUUUGAACGAGCUCUUACUGCAUGUGGAUUGCAUGUUACUGAAGGCUGUAAAAUAUGGGAAGCAUACAGAAGUUAUGAGGAAAUGAUCCUAGAUGGCAUGGAUAAGACAGACUCUGAGUUGAGGGAAAAGCAGGUUCAAAGGAUUCGAAGUAUAUAUCAUCGCCAGUUGUCAAUUACUCAUUCGGACUUAAAGUCAACUCUUUUGACCUACAAGACAUGGGAGUCUAAACAUGGGAAUAAUCUUGAUGUCAGUAGCAGCAAUACAGAUGGAUUGUCCCCUCAAGUUGCUUCCACAUAUCAGAAGGCUUUAGAGAUGUUGACUUUACGUGCUGACUUUGAAGAAAAGAUAGUAAAAAGUGAUGAGACUGAUACUGAGCGCCUUCAAAGCUUUAUGGCUUAUCUGAAAUUUGAACAGUCAUCUGGAGAUCCUAUUCGAUUUAAAAGCAUAUAUGAACCUCGAGUUAAAAGCUUAUAUGAACGUGCAAUAACCGAAUUUCCUAUAUCCAGUGAUCUCUGGAUUGAUUACACUAACUACCUUAAUAAGACCCUAAAGGCAGAUAAAACUUUGAGGGAUAUUUAUGAUAGGGCUACAAGGAAUUGUCCAUGGGUUGGAGAGCUAUGGGUUCGAUACAUGCUAUACCUUGAAAGAUGUCAUGGUUCUGAGAAAGAGCUUUCUGAUGUUUUUGAAAGAUCUUUGCAAUGCACGUUUUCUACCAUAGAUGAGUAUGUAGACAUAUUUCUCACAAGAGUUGAUGGAUUGAGGAGGAGAAUCACGUUUGCCAAGGAACUGGAUAAUGGCUUGGAUUUUGUCUUGAUAAGGGAUACUUUUCAGAGGGCAUCUGAUUAUUUGUCACCACAGUUAAAGAACAGCAACACAUACAGUUUGUUGCAAAUACAUAGCUACUGGGCCCGUUUGGAGUCUAGUAUUGGGAAAGAUAUAACUGCAGCCCGUGGAGUAUGGGAGAGUUUGCUUAAAAACAGUGGAUCUAUGAUAGAAGCAUGGAAAGGGUAUAUAUCAAUGGAAACUGAGAUGGCCCACAUAAAGGAAGCUAGAUCUCUGUAUAAGCGAUGCUAUACUAUGAGAUUUCCUGGGACAGGCUCUGAGGACAUAUGCAAGUCAUGGAUUCUGUUUGAGAGGGAAUUUGGUAGUUUGGAAGAUUUUGAUCAUGCUUCACAAAAGGUGACUCCUAGACUACAGGAGCUACAGCUGUAUAAGUUACAGCAAGAAACAGAUGAGGUAGAGGAUCCUCCUACGAGAAAUAGACGUGAAAAAAGAAAGGCGGCUGCUUCAGCUGCUGCAUCCAAUGAACAUCCGCCAGCUAAGCGUCAAAAGGAUAAAGCAAAUAAAGUGGAAAAAUCUGUUACCCAAAAAGACAAAGACAUGGCUCAUGGUGAAAAUGAACCUAAAAUCAAAAACCCAACACCUGAGAAACCCAAGCUAUACACUGACAAAUGCACUGCCUUUGUUUCAAAUCUCAACCCCAAGGCAAAUGAAGAGGAGCUUCGUGGUUUCUUCAGUGAUGUUGGUGGUGCUGGAGAGAUUCGAAUAUUGAAGGACAAGCUCACUAAAAAAUCAAGGGGAUUAGCAUAUGUGGACUUCUGUGAUGAUGCACACCUUGAGGCAGCUGUGGCUAAGAAUAAACAGACGUUUCUUGGGAAGAAGUUGACCAUUGUGCGUUCGGAUCCUAAAGGCAAAAGAAAAGUGUCUUUUGGGGAUGAUAGGAAUUCAACAAAACAAGGGCGUGGCGGUGAUGAUACAAAUUCCGGUGAGCAUGGGCACAAGAAAGUUGAGCUCAAGGGAAAAAACACUUUUGCUGUUCCUAGAAACGUGAGACCGCUAGGGUGGUCUUUCGGCAACGAACCACCAUCAGCUGCCACCUCCACCACAGAAGGUGGAGACGAGAAGCCGAAAUCAAACCAAGAGUUGCGAGACAUGCUCUUAAACAAAAAAUGAAUGGUGAAUUUACGUUUUUGUUCCCUAGUUUAUUAGAAUUUGUUUAAAAAGAAGGGGAAUCAGGAAUGAAAUGAUUAUGAUUUGACAUGAAGAAGCGUUGUCGUUUAAUCAAAGGUGGUUAUAAAAAAAGGAAUAGGAAUUGUUUUGA